UGAAAAUGGCUUUAAGGCUAUGCCCGUGUUGAAUUGGUUCAAUUGACAACCGGACAGAGUGGGAAUUCGUGCUCGUUGUCCACGGCGAGGUAUAAAAGGGAUGGGAAUCGAUGGAACUGCCACGGUCGGGAAGGAAAAUCGGUCGGGAAAAAAGACCCAGCCUCGGGUUCUACUAUUCCUUUUUCUUCUUUUUCCUCAUGUAAUAAUUCUGGACUACUAUCUGUUCAGCCCGUCCCUAAGUGUGUCUUCAGUACGAAGUAUCUGAUGGCUAUAGCGAAGAGGAAGCUAUUCACACCCCUUCUCCAAGUCAUACA